AUGGAUUAUCAAUACGAGCAAACCAGUGAGAUAGAAGCCUUAGAUUCUAUAUAUUAUGGUGAUAUGCAAACAUUGCAGAAUAAGCCUUAUCACAAGUUUAGUAUUCCUAUUAAAUCAGAAGGAUUUGAUGAUGGUGAUGGGUUGGCAUGCCACUUAGUUUUUACUUACACACCUAAAUAUCCAGAAGAGCUCCCUAUUAUUGAAGUUACAAAUGAAGAAAAUUUUGAAGAUGUAGUUGACAAAAAUGAAAUACUAAAGCAUUUGAUGGAACAGGGUAAAGAAAACCUUGGCAUGGUAAUGGUGUUCACAUUAGUAUCUGCAGGACAGGAAUGGCUAAAUGAAAAGUGGGACUUUAUUAAAAAGCAGAGGGAAGAACAGAUUCUUGCUAAAAAGAGGGCUGAUGAAGCGGCUGAAUUGAAAAGAUUUGAGGGUACGAGAGUAACAGUUGAAUCAUUCUUAGCUUGGAGAAAACAGUUUGAGAUAGACAUGGGUAUACCAGCAAAAAGGGAAAAAGAAUCAAAAGACAAGACAAAGCUCACGGGGAGAGAACUCUUCCUUAGAGAUACAACCCUCAAUGAAUCUGAUUUGAAAUUCCUUGAUGAUGGUGAUGCAGUUAAAGUUGAUGAAUCAUUAUUCCAAGACCUAGAUGACCUAGAUAUAUCAGAUGAAGAUGAUGAUGAUUACAUUCCUGGUCAAAGUGACAGUGAAAGCGAUUAG